ACAAAGAAGGAGAGAGAUGGAGUGCUGCAUCAGACGACCUGGCCUCUACAAUCACCCAACCUCAACCCAAAUGAGUUGGACCGCAGAGUGAAGGAAAAGAAGCCAACAAUUGCUCAGCAUAUGUGGGAACUCCUUCAAGACGGUUGGAAAAGCAUUCUAGCUGUCAUCAAGGCAAAGGUGUUGUCUCCUCCCAGCCCACCCCCACCAGCCAAUCAGAAUGGAGGUGAACAGUACGGCCACCAUCUUGUCCUCUGCCUUCCUGGCCGUGGAAUAUGUUGAUGCUGUUUUACCUGACAACCCUCUUCAGCCUUCACUACAAUACGCCUGGGGGUAUGUGAAUGAGAACUACACUAAAUUCCAGAUCGCCACCUGGGGUUCUCUCAUCGUCCACGAGGCCAUCUACUUCCUGUUUUGUCUACCUGGUUUCCUGUUUCAGUUCCUUCCCUUCAUGCAGAAGUACAAGAUCCAACAGGACAAGCCAGAGACGUGGGAGAAACAGUGGAGGUGUUUCAAGAUGCUGCUGUUCAACCACUUCUGUAUCCAGCUGCCCAUGAUCUGUGGAACGUACCACUUCACUGAGUUCUUCAGCAUCCCCUACGACUGGGACAGCAUGCCACGAUGGCCCUACCUGUUAGCUCAGUGUCUAGGCUGUGCUGUGAUAGAGGACACCUGGCACUAUUUCCUCCAUCGCCUGCUACAUCACCGCAGUAUCUACAAGCACAUCCACAAAGUGCACCACGAGUUCACUGCUCCAUUUGGCAUGCAGGCAGAGUACGCCCACCCAGCUGAGACAGUGAUCCUUGGGUCUGGGUUCUUCAUCGGCAUCAUGGUGUUCUGUAACCACGUGACGUUGUUAUGGGCCUGGGUCGCCUUCCGCCUGCUAGAGACCAUCGACGUACACAGUGGGUAUGACAUCCCUCUCAACCCUCUCCACCUGAUUCCGUUCUAUGCCGGAGCUCGUUUCCAUGACUUCCACCAUAUGAACUUCGUAGGGAACUACGCCUCCACCUUUACCUGGUGGGACAAGAUACUGCACACUGACUCCCAGUACAACAGACACAUGAUGAGCAAGAAGAACCAGUAAACAGACCCUCACACAGACACACGGACACGGACGGUCACGCACACACGGACGGACGCAAAUACUCACACACAGACAGACACACACACAGACACACACAUGCACUUAUGAAUGCACGCUUAAACACACUUCAUGAAGGUCAGAACUGGACUCCUGAGUGUGCAAUGCCUUGUGGGAAAAGAACACACUAAAAUAGAGUAGAACAGUCUUGACCAAUAACAUCAGCCCUUGUCUGGUCUUGACCAAUAACAUCAGCCCUUGUCUGGUCUUGACCAAUAACAUCAGCCCUUGUCUGGUCUUGACCAAUAACAUCCAGGGUUGGGGUCAAAUGCCAUUUCAAUUUCAGUCAAUUCAGGAAGUACACAAACAUUCCAAUUCUAAUUCUCUUCAAUACUUGUAAAUGAGGGACAUUUAGAAUUUGAAUCGGAGUUUGAUUCUCUUUUUGAUUCGUCUGGAAUUGACCCUGAUAACAUCAGGCAUGUUGGAGGUCUUCAGGCUGGGUUUCUGUAUAAGCACUUUGUGACAUCUGCUCAUGCUUUAUAAAUACAUUUGAUUGAUUGAUUGAUUGGCUGGUCUUGACCAAUAGCAUCAGGCCAUUGUUUGGUCUUGACCAAUAGCAUCAGGCCAUUGUUUGGUCUUGACCAAUAGCAUCAGGCCAUUGUUUGGUCUUGACCAAUAGCACCAGGCCGUUGUUUGGUCUUGACCAAUAGCACCAGGCCGUUGUUUGGUCUUGACCAAUAGCACCAGGCCGUUGUUUGGUCUUGACCAAUAGCACCAGGCCUUGUCUGGUCUUGACCAAUAGCACCAGGCCGUUGUUUGGUCUUGACCAAUAGCACCAGGCCGUUGUUUGGUCUUGACCAAUAGCACCAGGCCGUUGUUUGGUCUUGACCAAUAGCAUCAGGCCUUGUCUGGUCUUGACCAAUAGCAUCAGGCCGUUGUUUGGCCUUGACCAAUAGCAUCAGGCCUUGUCUGGUCUUGACCAAUAGCAUCAGGCCAUUGUUUGGUCUUGACCAAUAGCAUCAGGCCUUGUCUGGUCUUGACCAAUAGCAUCAGGCCUUGUUUGGUCUUGACCAAUAGCAUCAGGCCAUUGUUUGGUCUUGACCAAUAGCAUCAGGCCAUUGUUUGGUCUUGACCAAUAGCAUCAGGCCAUUGUUUGGUCUUGACCAAUAGCAUCAGGCCAUUGUUUGGUCUUGACCAAUAGCAUCAGGCCGUUGUUUGGUCUUGACCAAUAGCACCAGGCCGUUGUUUGGUCUUGACCAAUAGCAUCAGGCCGUUGUUCCUGAAUAAAAACAUCCUGGUGAGAUGAUUAUUAUUGAUAAUGUGUUUUUCUUCACUGUUCAUUGUAAUUAAACCAUUUUUUUACGA